AAAAAAAAAUAAUAAUAUUAGUUAUUAUUCAAGUAAUAUAAAAAACACGCAUAAAUUGAUUUUUCUUCGAAAAUUUUCUGACACAAACAAAGUUCACAGUUUAUGCGAAAAAGCGCAAAAGAAGAAACCAAGAUCUGCGAAGAACGAGAUUUCAACAAUGGCUUCCGUCGAUAAGGAGCUUGAAGAAGAGCUUCUAGAAGCCGGUAACAAGCUUCUAGAUCCUCCUUCCAACGAUAAAGAUUUACUUGAUAUUUUAAUUCAAAUUGAAAGUUGCUUAUCAAAGGUUGAACAGUCACCUACUGAAUCUAUGCACAAUGCACUCUCUCCAUCGCUGAAAGCAUUAAUUGCUGAUAAACUUGUAAAGCAUUCAGAUGUUGAUGUCAAAGUUGCACUUGCCUCCUGCUUCAGUGAGAUAACAAGAAUCACUGCACCUGAUGCUCCAUAUGAUGAUGACCAAAUGAAGGAGGUCUUUAGAUUAAUCGUAUCUUCAUUUGAAAAUCUACAUGAUAAGUCAAGCCAGUGGCACUCAAAGAGGAUUUUAAUCCUUGAAACAGUUGCAAAAGUCAGGUCAUGUGUGGUAAUGCUAGAUCUUGAAUGUGAUGCCCUCAUUUUGGAAAUGUUUCAGCAUUUCUUGAAGACAAUUAGGGAACAUCAUCCAGAUAAUGUUUUCUCGUCCAUGGAAACCAUAAUGACCCUCUGUCUUGAGGAAAGUGAAGAUAUAUCUCUUGACUUACUCUCUCCAAUCUUAGAUAGUGUAAAGAAAGACAAUGAGGAAGUUUUGCCAAUUGCUCGGAAGUUGGGGGAAAGGGUUCUUGAAAGUUGUGCAACAAGGCUUAAACCCUAUUUAGAGCAAGCUGUGAAUACCUUGGGUAUUUCUUUGGAUGAUUAUAGUGAGGUUCUUGCAUCAGUAUGCAGAGAUGCAUCAGAUAAUUUGGCACAAAAUGAUGUACAUGAUUGCAAAUCAGCAGAAGAGCCUGUGGAGGAGUCGGCACAGGUGGAUAGCGAGAUUACAAAAGAAGCCACACCACCACAACAAGAUAAUGCUGCUGGGGACAGAUCUCCUAAGUCUGUCAUGAGCAAUGGCAUUGCACAGGCCGGAGAAGAUGAUACUUUAGUAGAUUCAACGUCCCUUAAGAAGCAAGAUGGAACUGACUCUCCUGUUCUGUCCAAAGGUAACGAGGAGCCCAAUGAUUUGGAUACUGAAAAAGUUGACGGUAAAGAAAAAAAGCUGGAACGAAGUACCAAGAGGAAAGGAAAGAAAGCUAGCUCUUCAAAAUCGAAAAAACCUUCUAAGAAAUCAAAUGUUGUUGUUGGUGGGAAGGAAGCUGAGAAAACAGUUGACUCUAAAAGUUCCAACAAAGAAGUUCCUAGUUCUCUUAAUGAGGAUGAUGUUGUUGAGGCUACAGGAACUUCAGAGAACAACAAAGAGAUUAAACCUAAGAUUUCAUCACCUAAAGCAGGUGAGAUUGAAUCUGAUGCUGUUGUUUCUCCUUCACCAAGUGAGAUCAAUCAUGAUGAGAAUCGUUCUAAGAAACGUGCACGAACAAAAAAGAAAGAUAGCUCUGUGAAAGAAGUGGCUGCAGAAGAUAUUUCGAAAAAGGUAUCUGAAAGAACAAAUGAUUCUGAAGUAAAACCAGCAAGACCAUCGGCAAAAAAGGGACUCGGUCGUAGCUCUGAUGUGAAAACAACUACUGCUGUAGACGCAGUUAAAAAGGGUAGUGGAAAAACAGAAGAAAGAACCAAGGGAGACGGUGGGUCAUCUUCGCGGAAGCUGGAGGACAAGAAAAAGAAGGGACAGGUAAAAGGUAGCUCAGAAAAGGAUCUAGCAAAAUCUUCUUCUAAAGAGGAGGAUGAUAAGAUAACAGUAUCUUCGCUUAAGUCAGCUGCAAAAGCAACCAAAGAUGAACAUUCAGAGGAGACUCCUAAGACAAAUUUGAAGAGGAAGCGCACUCCAGGAAAAGAAAAAGGGUCUGAUAUCAAGAAAAAUGAUCAAAGUCUUGUUGGAAAACGGGUUAAAGUUUGGUGGCCCGAAGAUAAUGAGUUUUAUAAAGGUGUUGUUGAUUCUUUUGAUUCUUCCAGCAAGAAGCACACGGUCUCAUAUGACGAUGGUGACGAGGAAAUAUUGAAUUUUGACGACGAAAAAUGGGAAAUUGUUGAAGAUGAUGAUGAUCAGGAUGUGAAAGAAGAAAGUCAUCGAGCAAGUCCUGAGCCUUCUGCUGACAUGCCCCUGAAAAAGAAAGGGAAAGCAAAUACUGGUGAAGCAAAAAAGGAAGGAAAGAAGGAUUCUUCUAAAAGUAGUGGAGGAGCAUCAUCAAGUAAAUCAAAGGUGCCACCCGUGAAGUCUAGUCAAAAGUCCAAGACUGUUGCCAAGUCUGACGGCGAAGUUAGUAAAAAAUCUAAGGAUUCUGCACAAAAAACUGGUGGUAAAUCUGAGGAUCGUUCUGUGAAAAGUGGUGGUAAAUCUAUUGAUUCUGUGCAAAAAAGCAAUUCCAAGAAGACCGAUGGUUCCAAGGUAAAGAAAUCGAAAGAUGAUGAUGUUGUUGACACACCAAAGCCUUCUGCCAAGUCUAAGCAAGAGUCUUCCAAGUCUAAGCAAGAAUCUCUGAAAACUGGAAAAUCCAAGCAAGGAACGUCCAAGAUUGCAUCUUCCUCCAAGGCAAAAUCCACCAAAAGUAGUGCCAAGGUGAAAUUUAAUUUGUUGCUGGAAGAAGAUUCAGAGAAUGAGAAUUCUGAUGAUUCAACAAAAGAGGUUGAAGAAGUGAAGGUUAAGAGUAAGACACCAAGUUCGUCGAAGGCUGGAAGUGAGGUCAAGAGCGGAAAGAAACGUGGAAGAAACUAGAAGUGGAUGUCUACCCUAUCCCUUUCUCGUCUUUUGCUCAUCAACAUUUUGGAUAUCCCUUUCUCUAGUCAGUGACCUCUAUUUAAAAAUUUGUGUUAAUCUCCUAAUUAUUUGUAAUAGUAUCUGUAGAAGUGUAGAAUAGUUUAGUGGCACUAUGGUGCUAGUUUGUAAUGUACUCUUGCCCCCUCCCCUCGCAAUUAUAGGUGGGUUUUAUUUGAUGGAGAUAAAAGAGAAUGUUUGGUUAGCAACCUUGUUAGAAAUGUUUUAGCACUUCUGAUAAUGAUAGGCUUAUAAAACUUUCGUACCAAAA